GUGUGGGGACUCGGCGGGGCGGGGGCUCCCCUGUCCCCCGGCCCUCAGGGCAGCGCCGGCGCCUUCGCCCCUCCAGGGCGCUGUGAGAGGGCGGUGAGGACACCGCCCGCUGUCUCUGGCCUCCUCUCCCCCGCCCCGCCCCGGGCGCGCAGGUGUCGCACGGGGUGGGAUGUCCGCGGUGCCAUGGCGGGGGCUGCGAGGGACACCCCGGCGGGGGAGCAGAAGGGGUACAGGCUCUCGGUGUGCAGCAAACUGUGCUAUGCCAUAGGAGGUGCCCCAAACCAAGUGGCAGGGAGUGCUGCUUCUUUCUUCCUGCAGAUCUACCUGCUGGACAUAGCCCAUAUUACUCCGUUUCAUGCCUCUUUGGUGCUGUUCAUUGGCAAAGCCUCAGGUGCAGUUACUGAUCCUGUUGCUGGCUUUUUUAUUAGCAAAAGUAGAUGGACAAAAAUUGGCCGGCUCAUGCCUUGGGUGCUGGCAUGUACACCCUUCACAAUAGUCUCCUAUUUUUUUAUGUGGUACCCGCCCCCAUUUGUAUCAGGAAGAGUUGCUUGGUAUCUGACUUUCCACUGCCUUUUCCAAGCACUGACCACAUUAUUCCAAGUACCAUAUUCUGCCCUCACCAUGUUUCUCAGCACAGACCAGAAGGACAGAGAUUCUGCAACAGCAUAUCGAAUGACUAUGGAAGUUCUUGGGACCUUGAUUGGAGCUGCACUUCAGGGGCAGAUUGUGGCCAGUGCUCAUGUCUCUCCUCACUGCACUGUGAAUCCCUCAGUAAACACCACUGACUCCUGGCAUGACACUCACAGCAUUCCAGACCCCUCAGAUCCCCUGUCUCAUCAGGCAAAAGUUUACAUGAUUGCAGCAGGGGUCAUAGCAGGUGUGUAUCUUCUUGGAAUUGUCAUUCUUUUUCUUGGAGUAAAGGAAAGGGAUGAUCCUUAUGCCUUAAAAUCAGACAGAGCAAUUCCUUUUUGUAAAGGGCUUGCACUCACCAUGAAGCAUGGUCCAUAUGUGAAGCUUACAGCUUCAUUUCUUCUCAUCUCGACAGCAGUUCAGCUGGAGCAGGGGAACUUUGUCCUGUUCUGCACGCACGCUGCUGGCCUCCGCAAUCACUUCCAGUAUUUGGUGGUGACCAUCUUGGUAUCAGCAGUUGUGAGUGUUCCCUUCUGGCAGAAGUUUCUGCAGAGAUUUGGCAAGAAGUGUGCAGCAUGUGGGAUUUCGUGGAUGAUUCCUUUUGCAGUCAUGCUAGUGACCAUUCCAAACCUGAUCCUGGCUUACUUCGUGGCCUUCAUCUCUGGUCUGAGCAUUGCAGCAUCUCUUCUGUUGCCAUGGUCAAUGCUGCCUGAUGUUGUUGAUAACUUUCGCCUGCAGAAUCCCCAUGGGAAAGGACAUGAAACCAUUUUCUAUUCCUCUUACGUUUUUUUUACCAAGAUGUCAGCAGGAAUUGGUUUAGGAAUUUCUGCAGCAGGACUGGAGUUUACUGGAUACAAGCCAGGGAUAUGCAGACAGUCAGAUGAUGUGAUCCUCACACUGAAACUCCUCAUUGGAGCAGUCCCUGCCAUCCUCAUCCUUUUAGGUUUAUUUAUACUCCUUUUCUACCCGAUCACUGAAGAAAGUCGGAAAGAAACAAAGCUUGCCCUUGAAGAGUUAAGGAGGAGCCAUCAAAGCACAGAGAACUUGGACAGCCACAAAAAGGACACCUCGGUCUGAAAGCUCUGAAUGCAGUGGCUUUCCAAAUACAGACUCACAUCCCACCAACCAACUCUGAGAGUUUUCCAGGUCAUUUCUCUGCUCACAUUUUAUCAAAAAGGACAAAGGAUGAUUCUGAUAUAGCCAGUAACGAAACUGAGAGGGGACACCAUUGUGCAAAUAUACAGCUAACUCAAUGCACUGUGCUAAAAAAGACAUUACACAUGUUCAGAAAUGUAAGCUAUUGAAGGCUUGGGGUUUUUUUGUUUGUUUUUUUUCAAUGAUUAAUGAGAAGCUGUGAUCUUGUUCAUGGAAUAUUUUAUGCAUUUGUAACUUAAGGAGGAAAAAAAAGUAUAAACGUGACCAGAGAAUUUUUGAAGGUUCUGAACUGGAAAAUACUCAGAAGGGUCAUUGAGUCCAAUUCAUGAUGCACCAUCCAAAUAUUAACUCACAAUAUACUUCACCCUUGGGGGCUGGGGUGGAUUUUGAGCACAAUCUCUACCUAUAACUUGCGCACUAUUGUGUUUGGAAAGCACUUGGGAACCUGAAGUAUACUAUAUGAAGUUAGGAUUUACUUUGUUUUUAAAUUAGGCAAAUUACUGAUGCAGACAUAUUUUGAGGAUUUUUUUUUCCCUUUUUUUUUUUGAAGGAUUUUGAGGUAAUCUAAUUUACAGGAUCCUAUAGUAAAUAGAACCCUGCAUUUCCCAUUACUGAAGUUUCUUACUUCUGAAACCCGUAAACUGAUUUCUGUCAGAGAAUAAGAACAUUUUCAAAAUCAACAUCUCCCCUGAGGAUAUGAAAAAUGAGUAGUCCCUUCCAAACAUUAUGUAAUUAAAAUUUCUUUAAAUUUUGGCCUUUAAGUAAUCACCAUGCCCAUUUCUCACAUGGUGUAGGUUCUCUGCCUCACAAAACACCACAGCACAGGUAUUAAUCUCAGUUUGCACCUAUUUUGCAAUAAUGAGGCUACACCUGCCUUUUAAAUGGUGGUUAUUUUUUCAGUCAGGGAU